AUGAGUGACUGUUUUACAUGCCCAAGAGAACAGUAUCCAAAUAAGAACCAGAAUGCCUGCAUUCCCAAGGUGGUCAGUUUUUUGUCUUAUGAAGAACCUUUGGGUAUUGGCUUAGCUCUUAGUAUUCUUUCUUUUUCACUCAUCACACUCCUCAUCCUAGGACUGUUUGCAAAGCACCAUGAUACUCCCAUUGUCAAAGCCAACAACAGAAGUCUCACCUAUACUCUUCUCAUCUCGCUCCUUCUCUGCUUCCUUUGUGCCUUAUUAUUCAUUGGCCAACCUAAAAUGGUGACCUGUCUCCUACGACAAACUGCUUUUGGCAUUAUUUUCUCAGUGGCUGUUUCCUCCGUCUUGGCUAAAACGAUCACUGUGGUUCUGGCUUUUCUGGCCACUAAGCCAGGAUCCAGCAUGAGGAAGUGGGUGGGGAAAAGGCUGGCCACCUCCAUUGUCCUUUCUUGUACCCUUAUUCAGGCAGGCAUUUGUGUUGCAUGGCUGAUAGCCACUCCCCCAUUUCCAGACAUUGAUACAGAGUCAGUGGCUGAAGAAAUUAUACUGGAAUGUAAUGAGGGCUCCACCACCAUGUUUUAUUGUGUCCUGGGCUACAUGGGCCUCCUGGCCAUUGCCAGCUUUGCUGUUGCUUUCUCAGCUAGGAAGUUACCUGACAGUUUCAAUGAAGCCAAGUUCAUCACGUUCAGCAUGCUGGUCUUUGGCAGUGUUUGGCUGUCCUUUGUUCCAACCUACUCGAGCACUAAAGGGAAAUACAUGGUGGCUGUGGAGAUCUUCUCCAUCUUAGCCUCCAGUGCUGGGCUGUUGGGCUGCAUCUUUCUCCCCAAAUGCUACAUUAUUGUUCUGAAGACAGAGUUCAACAACAGAGAACAACUUAUAAGAAGGAAACUCUAA